AUGGGUUUGCGCACUCCGAAAUCUGGAACACCACGUCCUCGCACCGCUGGUGAAAGUGACGGCACAUCCCAUGGUUCCGCAGCGCAGAGGUCUCCAGACAGACCACUUAACGUUACCGAUGCGCUCAGCUACCUCGAUGCGGUCAAAGUUCAAUUUCAGGAUAAGCCAGACGUAUACAACCACUUUUUAGACAUCAUGAAGGACUUCAAGAGCGAAGCAAUCGACACACCUGGAGUGAUCGAGCGCGUGUCAAUGUUAUUCCAUGGCAAUCCAAAUCUUAUUCAGGGAUUCAACACAUUUCUUCCCCCUGGCUACAGAAUAGAGAUGUCCGCAGACCCGCACGACCCUAAUAUUAUCACCGUUACAACGCCGUUAGGGACCACCACUCAAAGCACAAGCACCUUCGAGCAGAUCUCCCGCGUCACUCGUGACCCCGCUACAACCAAGUCUUCGCUUCCUCUUCCAUCAACCGCCGGCCCUGCGUUUCCCUUCCAGCCAAUGACCCGUUCGAUGACACCAUCGAUAGCUCCUUAUCAGGUUCCGCACAUGCCACAGUCUAUGGAUACGUACACCCCAGGCCUUCAAGUACCCUCCACAACUGCUGCGGCUUCCUUUCUUGGCAAUUUGUCCAACCGAAACGCAGUAGAAAAUAAAUCUUCAGGGGAAUUCAACCAUGCAAUACAGUACCUAAACAAAAUCAAGGCACGCUAUUCUGACGAUCCCGAUACAUACAAGCAGUUCCUAGAAAUCUUGCAAACGUAUCAGAAGGAGCAGCGCCAAAUCCAAGAUUCGCAAGUAUACGUCCAAGUGCAGGUCUUGUUCAAGGAUGCCCAAGAAUUACUUAGCGAAUUCAAGGAUUUUUUGCCUGAUAUGUCGAUGGCCUUGAGUGGGGCUGUCGGCAUUCAGCCAACUAGUGGUCCAGGUGUGCCAACACCUUGGGUAGAUGCAGGGGACAAGAACGGAAAGAAGACGCAGCUUCCGCCUAAAAAAAGGAGAAAAGCUCCAGAGAAAGAGACCACGCCUGCGCCGGCUGUGCGGACUGUCCCAAGUCGAGCCAAGAAGCCUAAGCACAUGCACAAAGGGGCCGACCCUGACUCUCCGCAGUUCAAUUCAUACGGGUUACCGGAAUCACCGCCCCAUCAUCCCUCGCAAUUGCAUGCUAGUAUGCUACCGCCACCCCAAAUGCAUAAUCUAGUGAUACAAGGCCCCCAGCCAGUUACCAACGUUCAAUCAGCACCUGAUGAACUCAUCUUUUUUGAGCGCGCGAAGCGCACGUUGGAGAGCAAGGAUACAUAUGAGGAGUUUCUCAAACUCUUGAACAUGUACUCCAAGGACAUUAUUGAUGCGAAGACACUUGUGAACAUGGCUCAAGUGUAUUUGGGCGAUGGUGAUCUACUCUCGCAGUUUCGGGAAGUGGUUGGGAUCGAUGAACGGCAGGACAGUAUCGAACAUGGUCCGCCUGGGAGCAUCCGUACCGGGCCGCCAGAAGCCUUGUCUGCAUUACCAGCUGAGGAUGGUGAGGGUCCAAGCUAUCGUCGAUUACCCGAGAGCGAAGUUCAUUUGGCGUGUUCCGGUCGCGAUGAACUCUGUCGCUCUGUACUUAAUGACGAAUGGGUUUCACAUCCGACAUGGGCGUCUGAAGAAGCAGGCUUUAUCGCGCACAAGAAGAAUUCGUUUGAAGAAGCACUGCACAAGAGCGAAGAAGAACGACACGAAUAUCACGUCCAACUUGAAGCCCUUGCACGCACGAUCGCUGUUAUAGAGCCCAUCAACUUCCGCAUCGAAGAAAUGACCAAUGAUGAACGCUCGAAUUUCCGACUCAAGCCUGACUUUGGUGGCUUGAGCAAGAACAUAUACCACCGGACGCUGAAGAAAGUCUAUGGCAGAGAUGCUGGAAUCGAGGUUAUCCAAGCUCUUCAGGAGUGUCCUAGCGUCGCUGUGCCGGUGGUCCUCGCUCGGCUAAAGCAGAAAGAUGAAGAAUGGCGACGCGUGCAACGAGAAUGGAACAAAACGUGGCGAGAGGUUGACGCCAAAAAUUUCUAUAAAUCCCUCGAUCAUCAAGGGGUCACGUUCAAGUCGAAUGAUAAGAAGGUCGUCACUGCCAAACAUUUUGUAGGAAAUAUUGAGUCAGUCAAAGCUGAGCAAGCAGAUGCGCGCGCGCAGCAGGGUCCACCCUCAUUCGGUACUGCUGUGCCAGGCUACCAACUGGAGUUUUCUUUCAAGGACAUGACUGUCCUUCAAGACUCGCUUAAGUUGGUUUACUCAUUCCUGGAUCAUUCCCAUGCGCACUAUACACUACAGGAACGGCGUGGAGUCGAGGGUUGGCUGCGAUCAUUCAUUCCCCUCCUAUGUAUGUGCCCUGCUACCGAGUUCAAUGCCGGGUUUACGCCUUUGGAUGAUCCACGAGACGAGGAGACCGACCAACAAGCUUUAGAUGGCGCGCGGAAUGAUAACGGAGUCCCGUUUACGAGUGGGCGUGGCCUUUCGGGGAGCGUAAUGGCGGCGGGUGACCUUCGGAAGCGUUUACUGAAAUCCUUUCAAGAAAAUUCCAUCGGAUCUGAGGGCCUGGAUACAUUUUCGUUAUCCCAGUCAAGAGGGACCACGCCCCAUUCUGAGCGUGUAUUAUUUGAUACCACCCUGGAGGACAACACAAGCAUAGGGUUGACUGCAGCCCAAAAUAAAUCCCCGGAUCAGUGGAUCCGUGAUGCGUCAGCCAAUCAAACCCCUCCUAUUUCAGGAGACGGCACCUCUAGGCGAAAACCUUUUUUCGGGAACACAACGUUCUACACAGUGUUCUGUUUGCUACAGUUGAUCUAUUCUCGUCUGCUCGUAUGUAAGGAACAGGGCGCUCGUCAGACUGCAAAAGGUUUAAAUCCUGCGGAUUGCAAUCCUAUCGCCAUCGAGUUAGGGCUGGAUGAUCCGAAUGGACCCUCUGCUAUACUCGUACAGGCGAUGGAGGCUGUGUCCAACCGUCAGACCUGUGACGCGACUGAUGUCGUAUACCUUUACAUGUUGGAGGCAUUUGAAAAGCUAUUUGAUAAUGAACUUGACCAGGCGACAUUUGAGGAACAUAUGCGAUGGUUUUUCGGCAACAAGGCAUAUUACCUUUUCACGUUAGACAAGAUACUGUCUUCAUUGAUCAAGCAGGUGCAGAUUCUGUUGUCGGAUAACAAGUGUCAGGAGCUUUGGGUGUUACUUCAACAAACGCGGAAGGUGGAUGCCCUUUCCAAUCAGAACAUGAUUCGCUAUCGACGUGAGGCGGAACGUCACGUUGGUACCGACGAGCAUUUGUACAGGUUCGAUUGGCAUCGGUCUUCGAAAACAAUGUUCGUUCAACUGGUCGAACCGGACGAUCCUAGUGUGAAUGGAGAUGGAACGGCGAUUAGUCGGUGGCGAGAAUAUCUCGACUCAUAUAUUCUACGGCAGCCGACGGAGUGGUUGUCACAAUCAAAGCGUGAAAGUAAGGUAUUUUUGCGAAGGCACAUGACGAUCGACGAAUCACAGCGAGGCACAUCAAGUUGGGAUUCUAUGAGCAUCCGGGUGAGCCUAGGCACGUACAAGAUGUUCUAUGAAUCGAGCGCUGAAGAUUUGUACGUGCGACCGAGAAGCAGAGAUGAGGAGAAGGAGCUUAGGGAAAGAGCAAAAGUUCGAGAGGAAGAGCGGAAACGAAGCCGAUGGUUAGCAAAUGCUAAUGUUGAGCUUAAAUAA